AUGCAGGGACAGCAGCAGACGCCCUUUCUCCCCUCAACUCCGCUCCCGCAUGGCUAUCUCACGGCCUCGAGGCACGCCCGACAGCCAUUAUGCGGCAAUAGCGAGGGUUGGGGCCCCAUGAGCCCUAUCCGUUAUGACUUUACCCCGUGUUUCUUGGAUGUCUGGAUAGCUGUUGUGGCCGCAUUUGGUGUUGUGGGAGGGGCAGGCGCGUUGUGGUAUCUAUACAGACACUGCCCGCCGCAGCCUGUCAAGCGCAAUUGGCACUUCUUCACCAAGUUGGCGACAAUCGGAGCACUCAUCGGUACCACCGCAGCCCAGGCUGCUCUUCAGAUCCAAUACUACCAGCACGUAUGGGCCGGUGACUUUCGUUUCUGGACUACAAUCCUCACCAUCGUCUCUCUCUUCUUCAUCUUCUACAUCCAAUACAUCGAACACUGGAGAUCGCGGAAUGCCAAUGGUGUCGUGCUCUUCUACUGGCUAUUUCUCCUCAUCGCAUACGCCGUCAAGCUUCGCUCGCUCGUCUCUCAGCAGGUACAUCGCGAACAUGGGGCAUACUUUGGAGUCUUCUGUGCUAGCGUUGGCUUGGCCGGGCUUUCUUUCGUCCUGGAAUGGUUGGUUCCAAAGCGCAUGAGCGACUACGACAUGCUUGGUGACGACGACGAAUGUCCCUACGAAUACGCCGAUGUCUUCUCCGUUCUCACCUUUGGAUGGAUGACACCGUUGAUGAAGCGGGGGUACAAGACUUUCCUUACUCAGGACGAUCUGUGGAACCUGCGGAAGAGAGACUCGACGCGACACACUUCAGAGACUUUUGAGAAGUCUUGGGAAUACGAGAUGGAGAAGAAGUACCCUUCGCUCUGGCUGGCAAUGUUCCGCUCGUUCGGUGGACCAUAUUUCCGAGGCGCUGCCAUCAAGACAGUGAGCGAUGUUUUGAACUUUGUCCAGCCUCAGCUACUGAGACUUCUCAUCACCUUUGUGGACUCAUACCGCACCGAACAUCCCCAGCCAAUCAUCCGCGGUGCUGCAAUUGCCCUUGCUAUGUUUGCAGUAUCUGUCUCUCAGACUGCAUGUCUCCACCAGUACUUUCAGCGCUCUUUUGAAACUGGCAUGCGCAUCAAGUCCUCGCUCACUGCUGCUAUCUACUCAAAAUCUACGCGCCUGUCCAACGAGGGCCGAGCGUCCAAGUCAACUGGUGACAUCGUCAACUACAUGGCGGUAGAUACUCAACGUCUGCAGGAUCUUGCACAGUAUGGCCAGCAACUCUGGUCUGCACCCUUUCAAAUCAUCCUGUGUAUGCUUUCCCUAUACCAAUUGCUUGGAGUGAGUUGUUUCGCAGGAGUGGCUGCCAUGUUCAUCAUGAUUCCGAUCAAUGGUGUGAUUGCUCGAUGGAUGAAGACACUACAGAAGGAGCAGAUGAAGAACAAAGACUCGCGUACAAAGCUCAUUUCUGAGAUUCUCAACAACAUGAAGUCAAUCAAGUUGUACGCCUGGACCACGGCAUUCGCUAACCGUCUGAACACCAUCAGAAACGACCAGGAACUCAAGACUCUGCGAAAGAUUGGUGCCACCCAGGCUUUCUCUACAUUCACAUGGUCUACAACUCCGUUCCUGGUAUCAUGCUCAACUUUUGGUGUCUUCGUCUUGACCCAGAACCGCGCCCUGACAACUGACAUUGUCUUCCCUGCCCUAACGCUCUUCAACCUCCUCACCUUCCCACUUGCCAUCCUUCCAAUGGUCAUUACCGCAAUCGUCGAGGCCAGCGUGGCCGUGGGCCGUAUCACUGGCUUUUUGACCGCCGACGAGUUGCAGGAGGAUGCCGUUAUCCGGGAACCCGCUGUGACUGAGACUAGUGACGAAUCGGUCCGUAUUCGUGAUGCCAGCUUUACUUGGGACAGAAAUGCGGAACGCCGCGCGCUCCACGACAUCAAUUUCAGUGCACACAAAGGUGAACUCGCAUGUAUUGUUGGUCGCGUUGGUGCAGGCAAAUCGUCCCUUCUCCAAGCUGUGCUCGGUGACUUGUGGAAGAUCCAUGGAGAGGUUGUGCUGAGGGGAAAGACCGCCUAUGUUCCACAGUCAGCUUGGGUCAUGAAUGCUUCAGUUCGAGAAAAUAUCGUCUUUGGCCAUCGCUGGGACCCUCAAUUCUACGAAAAGACCGUGAACGCUUGUGCAUUACGCGAUGAUUUUGCAUCACUUCCGGAUGGCGACCAAACAGAAGUCGGCGAGCGCGGUAUUUCUUUGUCUGGUGGCCAAAAGGCUCGACUCACCCUUGCUCGUGCUGUGUAUGCGCGGGCCGACAUCUAUCUGCUUGACGAUUGUUUGUCGGCAGUUGACCAGCACGUGGGUAGGCACCUGAUCGACAACGUCCUUGGACCCAAGGGUUUGCUGUCGGGCAAGACCAGGAUCCUGGCAACCAACUCGAUACCUGUUUUGAUGGAAGCAGACAUGAUCCUACUGCUGCGUGAGGGCCGAAUCCUGGAGCGAGGUAGCUAUGGUCAACUCAUGGCAAUGAAGGGCGAGAUCGCCCAAUUGAUCAAGACGUCUCAAAACGAGGACCAAGGAGAGGACGACAGUACCCGUACAUCUGACAGCAUUAUGAGCGACGAAGACUCUACCGUCUACGGCGGUAGCCCCGCCGGUGACGACGACGACGAGGAUCAAGCGGAAGCGGAAGCGGCACAGGAGGGUGGCGCGCACCUUGCUCCUUUGAGAGUGGGCAGCGGUAACGCACGUAAGAACAGCUUCCACACCCUUCGCCGUGCCAGUACUGCAAGCUUCAAGGGACCGCGCGGCAAGGUCGCAGAUGAAGAGGGCGGUGGCCUGAAGAGCAAACAGUCCAAGGAGUUCCAAGAACAAGGCAAGGUCAAGUGGUCAGUCUAUGGCGAAUACGCAAAGACCAGCAACCUUGUAGCUGUCACCAUCUACUUGCUACUGUUAAUUGGAGCGCAGACGUCGUCAAUAGGUGCUAGCGUAUGGCUAAAACACUGGUCAGAGAUCAACCAGCGGUACGGCGGGAACCCCCAAGUUGGCAAAUACAUCGGCAUUUACUUUGCGUUCGGUGUAGGAUCUGCUGCCCUGGUCGUGGUUCAAACACUCAUCCUGUGGAUCUUUUGCUCGAUUGAGGCUAGCCGAAAGCUGCACGAGCGGAUGGCACACGCGAUCUUCCGCUCGCCAAUGAACUUCUUCGAGACUACACCUGCAGGACGCAUCCUGAACCGCUUUUCCAGCGAUAUCUACCGAGUGGACGAGGUACUAGCUCGGACGUUCAAUAUGCUCUUCGUCAAUUCCGCUCGAGCCGGCUUUACGCUAGUCGUCAUCUCAUGGUCGACCCCGGCCUUUGUGGCCCUCAUCCUGCCGCUUGGUGCGCUUUACCUCUACAUCCAGCGGUAUUACCUGCGCACAUCGCGGGAACUGAAGCGCCUCGAUUCGGUUAGCCGCAGUCCCAUCUAUGCGCACUUCCAGGAGAGCCUGAGUGGUAUGAGCACGAUCCGUGCCUACAAUCAGCAGAAACGGUUCGAACUCGAAAACGAGUGGCGUGUCGAUGCCAAUUUGCGCGCAUACUACCCCUCAAUAAGCGCCAACCGAUGGCUGGCUGUUCGUCUCGAAUUCCUAGGUUCGGUCAUCAUCCUGGCCGCCGCCGGUUUCGCCAUCAUCUCUGUCGCCAGCCACAGCGGUCUGUCGGCCGGUAUGGUUGGUCUAGCCAUGUCAUAUGCGCUCCAGAUUACGCAGAGCCUCAACUGGAUUGUGCGACAGACGGUUGAAGUGGAGACUAAUAUCGUCUCUGUGGAACGUGUACUCGAGUAUGCCGCGCUUCCUAGCGAGGCGCCUGAGAUCAUCUCCAAGAAUAGGCCGCCAAUCAGCUGGCCGUCUCAGGGCGCUGUUACUUUCAACAAUUACAGUACUCGGUACCGAGCUGGUCUGGACUUGGUAUUGAAGAAUGUCAGUCUCAACAUCAAGCCAAAAGAGAAGAUUGGUGUUGUGGGCCGCACGGGUGCGGGCAAGAGCUCACUUACGCUUGCCUUGUUCCGCAUCAUCGAGCCUGCAGAGGGUUUUGUCAGUAUCGACAAGCUCAACACUAGCACCAUUGGCCUCCUCGACCUCCGCAGACGCUUGGCUAUCAUCCCGCAAGACGCCGCGCUCUUUGAAGGAACCGUGCGCGAUAAUCUCGAUCCGGGCCAUGUGCACGAUGACACGGAGCUAUGGAGCGUUUUAGAUCACGCCCGUCUCAAGGACCACGUCUCCAGCAUGCCAGGCAAGCUCGACGCUACCGUGCAUGAAGGAGGUUCCAACCUCUCUGCCGGUCAACGCCAACUCGUCUCCCUCGCCCGCGCCCUCCUCACCCCUUCCAACAUUCUCGUUCUGGACGAAGCGACUGCCGCCGUCGACGUCGAAACAGACGCCAUGCUCCAGACCACGCUCCGUUCAAGCAUGUUCAACAACCGCACCAUCAUUACUAUCGCGCAUCGUAUCAACACUAUUCUAGACUCCGAUCGCAUCAUCGUACUGGACAAGGGUGAGGUCAAGGAAUUUGAUACCCCAGCCGAACUUGUCAGGAGUAAGGGUUUGUUUUACGAGUUGGUCAAAGAAGCAGGUCUGCUCAAUGCGCUAGACAUGUCGACAUCGCUGUCGUAAACAGAUCAACGUUUUUGUUGUAGUGUAGUUUAAUUAGUUGUUAGUCAUUGAAAAGAGGGGUGUAGGUUGUUUACAAAUGGAAGAGCCAGAAGAGGGAAGCAAUACCGAAAAAUAAACGACGUAGCGUGUGCGCGCGUAAAGAAAACGGGAGGCGGUAGUAGAAGAGAGAGCGGAGAAGGCGGGAAAAGUUCAGAGGAAAAAGCAAAAUCAACAUCCAAUUCGUACCUUUGUG